AUGGCCGACUUCGCGCAGCUCCCGCCAGGCUUGAUCCCCGACGUCAAACCGUUCCAAAUAUGCGUUGACGAGGCCAAGCUCCAGCACUUCCGCACCCUGCUCGAGCUUUCCCCCAUCGGCCCGACCACUUUCGAGAACACCCACGCUGGGCGCCGCUACGGCGUGACCCGCGAAUGGCUCGCGACGGCCAAGCAAGCCUGGUUGCACGACUUUGACUGGCGCCGUUCCGAGGCGAGGCUCAACUCCUUCCCGAGCUUCCGCGCCCCGGUCCGAGAUGAUGAAACAGGCUACACGACUGAGGUGCACUUCCUGGGGCUGUUCUCUGCACGGGCCGACGCUGUCCCUAUCGUGUUCUUACACGGCUGGCCGGGGUCCAUCUGCGAAUUCCUGGAUAUUAUGGACCUGCUCCGUGCCAAGUACACCCCGCAGACGUUACCAUACCACGUCGUCGUACCCUCGCUGCCGGGCUAUGGCUUCUCCAGCGGUCCGCCAGUCGAUGCGGACUACGGCGUCAUGCAGGCCGCCAAGGCAAUACACGGGCUGAUGCUCGGCCUGGGCUUCGGCAAAUCGGGGUAUCUCGUGCAGGGUGGCGACUUAGGCAGCUUUGUUGCCCGGGCCAUGGCACUGAUUUACCCCGAGUGUCGAGGGAUGCAUGUUAACCAGAUGGGCUUUCCGCCACCCGGAGUCGACAUCGGCACACGCGAUGCGGCCGAGGAGCGUGCAUUUCAGCGAGCCACGGAGGCGAUUGACACCGGUUUGGCGUUUGCGAUGCAGCAAGGAACGCGCGCCGCAACAAUGGGCCUGGCAUUGAGUGCGAGCCCGCUAGCGCUACUGGCAUGGAUAGGGGAGAAAUUCCUCGAGUUCUCGGACCAAGAUCCCCCACUGGACAAGAUCCUCGAGGGCGUCAUGCUCUAUUGGCUGACUGACACCUACCCGAGAUGCUUGUACCACAAUCGUGAGAUGGGAGACCCGAAAGAAGAACCAAAGAUUGCAAGAUACAGCGUGCUGGCGGGCAAAGCAUCUCUGCACCUGCCAUACGUUGCCAAACCCUGCGGUUUUUCCCACUUUCCCCAUGAGGUUGUGCCCGUCCCAAGGAGCUGGGCUGAAAAGAGCGUCAAUCUGGUGACUUUCAGUGAGCACCAGCUUGGAGGGCAUUUUGCGGCUUUGGAGAGGCCAAACGAGCUGUUAGCCGAUGUCGAGGAAUAUGUGGAGAAGGUCUGGAAGCCCUGA